AUGGAAUGUUACUUUCUAACUAUCUACUCUGUCAUGACAUACCGAUUACCUAAAGAGUUGGUAUAUCCACCCGCAGAUAAAGAUGUAUGUUUGGAUAUCAAGGAGAAAAAAUUACAGACUAGAAAAUCACGGAAUAAACAGCAUCAGAGAGUCCCAAAUCACACGAAACAUCCAUCAAGUAGACCACAUACUGUAAAAACUGAAACAAAAUCCAAAACUUCAAAGGAUCUUCAGACGAAACGGACAAGCAUCAGCGCCCACGGAAAAUUAGAACGUUCAGUUGUUUUAGACACAAAUAAACAGUCGACUGAUAAUGAUAAGGAAAAUAUUCCUGUUAAACCAAAUGUUCAGAUAAAAAUAUCAGAAAGUGACCAGUCUGAGGAGGAAGUUGAAGAAGACGAAGAAGCAUGGAAGAAUAUUCCCAGUGAGUGUUGGCAGUCCAGAACGGUAGAAAAAGGCUACUAUUUAAAGGGACAUAGUCGUUUAAUUAUUUUUAGUGGAGCAUCUUAA